AUGGCUUUGCGUGCAGCCGAAUGGCAUAGGCUGCCUAUUAGCGUUACCGAACUAUGCAUCAGCACUACCCUGCGAUGUGGACAAUCAUUCAGAUGGCGCAAGUCCGCUGACGACGUAUGGUCUAUGGCCCUUCGCGGUCGCAUACUCUCCCUCCGUCAAGAUGCCGAAUAUCUUCACUACCGCGUGACCUACCCAGCCGUCACAAGCCCUCUCCCUACUCCGCCCCCGUCCAAUGCGCCCUCAGUCGCCUCUGAGGAAGACGACACGCUUGCCCUUGUCAAACACUACUUCAACCUCGCGCCCGACCUAGGCCAGCUAUACGAACAGUGGGCAGCAUCCGACGCCAACUUCAAGAAGCGUGCUCCCAAAUUCACCGGUAUAAGAAUCCUGCGGCAAGAUGCUUGGGAGGCCCUGAUUGGCUUCAUAUGCAGCAGCAACAACAAUAUCAGUCGCAUAUCGGGCAUGGUGCAUAAUCUUUGCUUGCACUACGGACCGCUCAUAGCGAGUAUCGAUGACGUACCCUACCACGAUUUCCCUACGCCCGAGUCGCUAUCAGGCCCGGACGUCGAAGCGCAUCUCAUCAAGCUUGGAUUUGGAUACCGUGCCAAGUAUAUUGCGAAGACUGCACGAAUGGUUUCGGAAGAUAAGGGGUUGAAAUGGUUAGAUGAUCUGAGUAACCCGGAGUGUCCACAGUUUGGUGUAGAGGAGAAGCCGGCUGGGGAGAUGCUUGAAGGUGGUCGCGAGGGGUACCGGCAGGCGCAUGAAGAGCUUCUCGCCCUGCAUGGUGUGGGCCCAAAGGUUGCAGACUGUGUGUGUCUCUUUGGCCUCGGCUGGUCCGAGUCCGUACCCGUCGACACACAUGUCUGGCAGAUUGCCCAACGCGACUACAGGUUCGGCAAGGGCAAGCACAGCAGCCUGACCGCUGCUACCUACGCUGCCAUUGGAAACCUAUUCCGAAAGCUCUGGGGAAAGGAAGCAGGGUGGGCACAUUCCGUCCUAUUUACGGCAGACCUGAAGGCAUUCUCGGAUAGGGUUGUUGCCAAAGUAGAGGUCAAGGAAGAGGAAGUAACGAUAAAGAAGGAGGAAGAAGAGAUUAUUCUGGAACAAACAACCAAAAAAGAGUCCACGAAGCGAAAGCGCAUAAAGAAGGAACCCGGUGAGGAGCUUCCUGCUGUACAAGUGAAGCAAGAGACGAUACGGCGGAGCAAGCGGCAACGAGCCUAG